AUGAGCACGCUGGGAACGCUUGGGGAUGAACAAAGCAUCAUCACAUCAAGCGACAUUCAGGGAGGUGCAAGUGUGGCAACCACAAACAUCGACGCUGCUGCUUCGGUCAUCCACACUUCAUUGAGCCACGAAACACACGGUACAGAGACCCCCAAUCAAGAGGAAGAUGCGCAGAGUGCUCAGUGUGACACUGCACGCAAACAACUUAAAGAGCUGCUCAACUCCAUGAACUGGUUGGCGCCGGGAUCAAAGUCGCAUCUCCAAAGCAUUGUCGACAAACAACCUGACAGCGAGAGUUCCAGCCAACUCAAAGCACGAAGUUUUGAGAAGGCAAACACAUGGUCCCUGACCUUCCUUAACCUCUUCCUUCCGGUGGACGAACUUUUCUCAAGCGCGUAUCUUGAUCAAUACGCAGAGGCGAUUGCGCUCGCUCUGGAAGCUGAUAGAACCAUCACUGAAGUCGACCUCACGGCUGUGCCUCUACAGGAGAAGCAAGCCAAACUCAUAGCCGCCACAGUCAUCACGUUGGAGCGCCACGUCGCCGUCAAGUUCCUGUUCACUGGCAGUGGGGUGAAAAAGGUGAACGGCAUCUUCAAGCGAUUGACAAAGGCGACCAAAGAUCUGAAGAAUGAGCUUGAUCGGAAAGCGGCACGACUCGAAGACAAUAAGAAGGCCAUGACGGAGUUGAAGGGCAAACAUUCUCGUGAAUGUGAGCGGCGAUGGGCAUUGCAAUUAGAGGAAGUGUUCAAUUUGAACAUUCCAUCGUCUCGGUUCACGAACAAGAAACCUCACAAAGACGUUGGAGGAAAUCCGGUUCGUGGCGCAUUUGGUGCCCUCUACAAGGCAGAGCUGGCUGACCAUCCUGUGGCCCUGAAGCAGCUCACCGAAGUGACAGAGCGCCCGCGUGUCACUGACAUCUUGUCUAGCGUCGACGGCUCGCAGGACUUUUCAGAUCACUUGAAGCGAAUACUUCGCGAGGCGCGCAUCCUGCUCUCUCUUCGCCAUCCCAACAUCGUGCACUUCCUUGGCCUCACCCACGAUGAGCAAAGCCACACGCUGGCCUUUGUGCUGAGCUGGGCGGAGAACGGCUCCCUGUAUGAUGUCUUGCACGUGGUGAAGAAGCAGCUCGACGAGGCAACACGCCAUCGCAUUGCGUUUGAGGUGGCCUGUGCCAUGGCGUUCCUCCACGCCCACAACGUCGUGCACCGCGACCUCAAAUCGCCAAACGUGCUGCUGGAUGCAUCCCUGUCCGCCAAGGUGACGGACUUUGGCAUGAGCACCUUCAAGCCAACAGACAAGUCCGUGCUGACACAUGGAGGUGGCACACCGCUGUGGGCGUCACCCGAGCAGCUACUUGGGCAGGAACUCCGCAUGGACACGGACGUGUUCUCUUUCGCCGUUCUGUUGUGGGAGCUGUUGUUCAACACCAAGCCAUGGCACCACGGUAAUUAUGCCUCCGCAAGUGGUGCGUCUCUGAUUGUCAUUGCCAACGCGUAUGACAAGGGCGAAUACCUUCCACUCAACGCUGAGAUCAACGGUCGCAGGCUGAGCCAUGCGGUGCAGCAGGUGCUUGGUCAGUGCUUCGAUGUGGGCGGCAACCGGCCAUCUUUUGUACAGCUUCAAGGUACGCUGCAGGACCAGUAUGUCGCCGUACGUGACCAACAGGCUGUCGACAUGGCGAAGCAACACAGGCUGCUGCACGGCCCUGCCGAUGCUGUGUGGAAGUGGCAGCCGAAGGACUUGGAUCCACUUCGGUCCCUCUUUGUGACUCAUCCAACACGCGCGUCAGUGCGCAUUGCUGCUGUUGGCGCUGCACACGACACGGCCAUCGCCAUCGUCAAACAGAUGAUCACGGAAGCUGGUGGCCGCUCGAGCGAUGAGGCGACAGCCAAUCCUCUGCAGCCCUUUGGCAAGACCGUUGUUGGCGUCGCUGUUGUGCAGUGCAGCCAGAAGAAUGCUGCCUUCAACGGCGCUGUGCACCGCAACCAAACCCGUUAUCGUGGCCACAUGAGCAGCGCCAACCACCCGUUCCACCCCAAGUACGCACUUCAGAUGGGCGAAGACGGCAAGCUACUCCCAAGUGGUAUCCCCGUCAAUGCCGAGAAGUCAGCCGUCCUUGCUCGCGUCACCCUGCAUCCACCACCCACAACUGCUGCUACCGCUAGCGCGCCACCGUACAAGUUGUUGGAUCAGUUCAUGAUGCAGCCUGAUGUGCGUCUUCGCCUGCAGCGCGUGUUCCACGGCGUGCCGUCCUUUGCGGUGGCCAUGAGCAUCUUGGGCGGCGAUUUCGCACAGCUGCAGAAGCUUGAUGCCGGCUGGUACGGCGCUGGCUUCUACUUCACGCCAGACCUCGAUUGCGCCCUUGAGUACAGUCGCGCGUGCCAUGAUGUGCCGGAUGUGCUGCGAAACCUGAACUUGCCUGCAGGCAAGCAGUUGCGGGUCGUGCUUGUGUGCGACGUGCAGUAUGGCAACCCAUACCCAGUGCUGAACACGUCCUUCAACGGCAAGCCGCUCGUUCGCACCCAUGACGCUCAUGUCGCCGUGGUGAACUUUAGCACCGGCAACAUCCUUCACGCCAAACCUCUCAAGUCGUCCAAGUGGGCCAGCAAGCGCACGGCCGCCGAGAUUGUAAUCAACGACCCGUCCUGCGUCCUCGUGCGUGGCAUUCUUGUGUUUGAAGAUGACACUCCUGCGAGCCAGCCAAGCUCUUCAACCCCUUGAUCCUGUCAGCCCGUCCCGUCCUGCCGCAUCGAAACGCGUUGCAAGCACUCCAAGUUCCCCGUGCUCUUUGUGUUGCCCCCUCACAUUGGGCGCGUUGCUCCCUAGCUCUUUGUGUUCUUUCCCCGUGUCAAGGUGUCAGUUCACUUCAGUGGCGCCUCUAUCCUUCCCUCUUGUGUUGUUGUUCAUGCGUUCUGACAGCACCCAACUUCCUUUCAUCAUACCCCGUGCCUCGUCUUUCGUUCUUUCGUUGACUUCCCACUCGUUCACAAAGCAACUCGUUGCAUAGAGUUCUUUCACUGUUGCUCUUUGGCUGUUCUUCUGUUCUCUGCGACACCUGUUGCAGUGUUGCCCGCAGAAGACCUGUCCUUCUCCUGCUCCUACCACCCUCCCACCAUCCUGCUCUGUCCUACAGUCCUACUCCUAGUACACUUCCAGGCAACAGCAAA